UCAUUUAAUUAUUAUUUCAUUUGUUAAUAAAAGUAACUAACUUAUUUUCAGGAUGUAAUAUGUGAGUGAUGGAGACAAAGGAUUGUUAUGACUUAUUAUCAUGUUUUGUCAUGCAAUAAAUAAAUAAAAAUAAUAUAAAAUAAAAUAUCUAAUAAGCUAAAGUCAAAGGCAUCACUCGGCGACGUGGCCAAUAACAGAUAAAUAUAAAAAUACGUAUUUUGUUGUGCGUGACGUCUUGAGUCCCACCUGUGCCAACACUUCCCACCAGGUGGCUCUGCAAACACAACUAAAGGCUGAUCCAAAACGUUUAACCUCCAACAGACAAAAGUUAUGCAGACAUUCUGAGGCGCCAGUAUUUCCUUAAUUCAUACAAUCAUCUGCGCAUUCGAGUUAUUUGCUGUUCAUUGUAAAUGAUAACCAACCAAAGUGAAGUCGAAGUUGAAGAAAUCAUGUUUAAAGAAAUCAAAUUUGACCUAAUCCCAAACCCGUGAAAGCCAAUAAUCAUUAAUCAGGGGUGCGUUUGGAAUCAAUGCCUAGCUCACUGGUCCUGAUUCAAGUGGAAAUGUCAGGGACACCAUGAACCCGACCACCGCCCCCAGAGGCUGUGUCUCCGGCAUCAGCUCCAUAUAUUACAACCUGUGCGACCUCACGGCGGUGUGGGGGGUCGCGGUGGAGGCCGUCGCCGCCGCCGGCGUGGUGACCUCCUUCAUCCUCUUCGUCAUCCUCAUGGCCUCGCUGCCGUUCGUGACGGACAGAAAGAGGAAGGGCAUGGUGGCGCUGCAGGCCGCCUUCCUGGUCUUCUCUCUGGGACUCUUCGGCCUGGCCUUCACCUUCAUCGUGGGCCGGUACUCCGCCAGCUGCUCGGCGCGGCGCUUCCUCUUCGGCGUGCUCUUCUCGGGCUGCCUGGCCUGCCUGGCCAUGCACGGGCUGUGGCUGGCCCUGCAGCGGCGCCGGGGCCGGGGCCCCAGGAGCUGGAUGCUGUGCCUGGGAGCCCUCGGCCUGUGGCUGGUGGAGGUGAUCAUCAACACGGAAUGGCUGCUCAUCACCUCGGUGAGGAGCCCGUCAGGGGGGGACCCGCACUGCGCCUAUGAGAGCCAGGACUUCGUGAUGGCUCUGACCUACGUGAUGGUUCUGCUGCUGGGUGUGGUGCUGAUGGCCGUGCCGUCGGUGGCGCUCAAACACAAGGAGUGGCGCCGGGACGGAGCCUUCAUCCUGGUCACGGGGAUCCUCACCUUGGCGAUAUGGGUCACCUGGAUCGUCAUGUACCUGUAUGGGAACCGGGCGGCGUCCAAGGCCAGCUGGGACGAUCCCACUCUGGCCGUCGCUGUGGUGUCCAACGCCUGGGUGUUCCUGAUCUUCUACACCAUCCCAGAACUCUCCCUGCUGACAAAGGAGGACCCGGACCAGGAGCAGCCCAGCGACGGAGACCACCACGUCUACCCCGCCAGAAGCCUGGUUUACGACAACAUGCUCAAGGAGCCAGAGCCGUCCAAUCAGAACGUGUAUAUUGAGAAUAGAGCGUUCUCCAUGGAUGAGCCUCCAGCAGAUCCAACCAAGCCCGUGUCUCCUUAUGAAUCCUACAACGGCCAGCUGCGAAGCUGCGUGUACCAGCCCACAGAAAUCGCCAUGAUGGCUACAGGUCUGACACGGAAGGACCAGGCCAUGAUUCCUCGAGCCUCCAUCCCCCUGGGAAGCCACAGCGCCCUUCCUCAUCCACCUUUACCCGCGCUGGGGGACUGAGCCUCCAGAGAUCCGGACGCAGGGGCGUUAAGCGGUGACACACACAGCAGCUCCUGCCACGUGUGCCCUCAUCUGUUCGUACAUGUUUUUGUUCUAAAUGGAUAGGAGUUGAAUGUUAAAAUAAAGCCUUAGACCCCUGGA